AUGGUUCAAAAGGCGGUGAAGGCCGCCAUGGAGGAGGAGAUCCGCAGCCUCAUCGGCAUGGGCACUUGGGAGCUGGUCGAACGCCCGCCGGGAGUGAACAUCAUGAAGAACCGGUGUAUGACGUUCGCGCCGGUGGGAAGCUACGUGAUGCUGAGGAUCUUCCUCAGCAUCGUCGCCGUCCUCAACCUCAACCUGAUGCAGCUCGACAUGAAGAACGCCUUCCUGCAGAGCAAGCUUGACCGGGUGCUGUACAUGUCGCAGCCGGACUACUUCAACGACGGAACCGGCCGGGUGUGCAAGCUGCUGAAGAGCCUGUACGAGCUGAAGCAAUCGCCGCUGAUGUGGUACUUGGCGCUCAACGACGUGCUGGUCGGCGCCGGGUGGAAGAAGAGCCAGGUCGACGAGGCCCUGUACUUCAAGGUCGGCGACGACGGUGUGGCCUGCUGGGUGUUGGUCUACGUCGACGACCUGCUCGCCGCCAGCAGCAGCGCCGCGAUGCUGGAGGGGCUGAAGGAGCUGCUGGAAGCCGCCUUUGAGCUGCGCAAGAUCUCGCCGGUGCAGAAGUACCUCGGGCUGGAGAUCGUGCGCGACAGGCCGGCGAGGAAGCUGUGGCUGCACCAGCGAGGCUACGCCGACAAGCUGCGUAGGCGUUUCAUCGACGAGGAGCAGGGCGGUCGGACCCCAAAGACGCCGGUCUCGGUCGACGCCUACGCCGAGCUCACCUUCGACGACGAAGAGGCGCAGGAACGCGAGGAGGAGGAAUACCGGCAGAAGGUCGGCUCGCUGCAGUUCGCGGCGACGACGACGAGGCCGGACAUCGCGUUCGCGUGCAGCAAGCUGGGGAGCGGCCUCACGGUGAGGAGCGACCAGCAUUGGCGCGAGGUCGACCGCUGCCUCGCCUACCUCGCCAACACGCGCGACACCGCCCUGGAGUUCGGCGGUGGUUUGGAGACGCUCGAGCUGGUCGGCUACGUGGACGCCGACGAUGCCGGCGACAAGCAGAACCGGACGAGCACGGGCGGCUACGUGUUCAUCUACGGAGGGGCCGCGGUCUCCUGGUCGAGCCAGCGCAUCAAGUGCGCGACGCUAUCGUCGACCGAGUUGGAGUACGUGGCGGCCGUCGACGCCGGGAAGGAACGAUGCCGACUUCGCUUCGUCCUGGCAGAGUUCCGGCAGCUGGACGCCGGGAAGCCGACUGUCCUUCGCGUUGACAACAAGUCGGCCAUCACGGUCGCCGAGGGCAUGGGGUUGACGGGCAACCUCAAGCACAUGGAGCAACGACAAGCCUGGCUGCAGCACAUGGUGAAGCGGGGGAAGUUCGCGUUGAGCUACAUCCCGACCACCGAGCAGCCGGCCGAUUUCCUGACGAAGGCGCUGCACUACCCGGCCUUCAACCGGUGCUCCGUCGCAGUCGGCCAGGUGCGCCUGGCUGAAGUCGGCGACGGCGACAACGACGUGCAGCAGUAG